UAGGAGAGCUAGGUUCUCCUUCGUUAGUAAGCUAGUAGAAGCAGCACGUCACUCUUUUGUCUUCUCAUCUCCACACAGAGAGUCUUCUGUGGCUCCGCGUCUUUCAGGUUAUUGUUUAUGGUGGCUUGAGUUUGUGAUACUUGUAAGUUAUGGAGAAGAAAACGGCAAAGAAGAAGAACCCGUUGGUUUUUAUGGACUUGUGUAUUGAUGGCGAUCCUAAGGAGAGAAUGGUUUUUGAGCUUUUCUCGGAUAUUGCUCCCAAGACUGCAGAAAAUUUCCGUGCUCUUUGUACAGGGGAGACAGGAAUUGGUCCCAAAUCUGGAAGGCCAUUGCACUACAAGGGAUCCUUUUUCCAUCGCAUCGUUAAAGGGUCCAUGGCUCAGGGUGGUGAUAUUCUGAAACGAGAUGGGACCUUUGGAGAGAGCAUAUAUGGGGACAAGUUUCCUGAUGAGUCUCCAAAGCUAAAACAUGAUGGACCUGGUCUUCUAUCCAUGUCAAUUGCUGAUCGUGACACUUUAGGCUCUCAAUUUAUUGUUACCUUUAGGGCUAAUCAUCAUCUUGACAGGAAGUAUGUGGUCUUUGGGAAGCUUGUGCAAGGAGAUAAAGUACUGAAGAAAAUUGAAGACGUGGGUGAUGAAGAAGGGAGACCCACUGUAACAGUGAAAAUAGUCAAUUGUGGUGAAUUCAUUGAGGACAAAAAGAAAGUAAAUAAACUGAAAACAGAAAAGCACCAGAAAUCUUCUAGAGACAGAAAGAAGAGGAGGAAGAGAAACCAUUCGUCUGAUUCAGAGAAUUCAUCUGAUUCUGAUAUGGAAUCAUCGGAAUCUGACAGUGAUUCUGACUCUAUGUCCUCAUCAUCUGAUAUUAGUUCUUCAAGUGAGGACAGACGUAGGAAGAGAAAGAGAACUUCUAAACGAGAUAAACGCAGACGUGGCAAAAAACGAGAUAAGCGACGUGACAAAAGGCGAAAGAGACGUGAUAAACGAUCCAAGCGUAGAUCAAGAAGAUCAUCAGAUAGUCUAACAGAUGCUGAGAGUGAGAGUGAAACCAGCUCUGAUGAUGAUGCUCAAGCAAAAGACAGGAAGUGCAGGGGCCCUUCUCAGAAAACUGCUGAUGAUCAAUCUCCUAUGGUUUUGGAGGAAGAAGCGGCCUCCUUUCCUCGUAAAAGGAGACAGGAACCUGAUAUACUUGAAAAGGAAGAUGGUGAAUUCCCCAAGGAAAAUGGAUCACGACGAAGUGAUGGUAUUGAGGCAGAUGCUAAAUCUUUUGGAAGUGAAGAUAGGCAACCUGAUAUCAGAGAUGGUCACCCAGGAAAAUCUAGGAGCCAAAGUAUGAGUCCCAAGAGGACCACAAGUAAGAGUAUUAGUCCCAGGAGGAGCCUGAGCAAGAGCCCGAGUGUUAGUCCAAAGAGAAGCACUAGCAGGAGUCACAGUGCUAGUAGAAGCCAUCCUCAUGUUUCCCAGAGGAGUAUCAGCAGAAGUCCUGUUAGAAGUGGAAGCAGCAGGAGCCCAGCUAGAAGUUUCAGCAGAAGUCCUGUGAGGGCAAAGAAGGCUAGAAGCAUAAGCACUAGCCCAGUGAGAUCUAGGUCUCGAAGAAGCAUUAGCAGGAGCCCUGUGAGAUUACCACCUCGAAGAAGCAUAAGCGGGAGCCCUGUGAGAUCUCGGUCUCAAUCAUUGCAAAAAUCUAUAAGCAGAAGCCCUGUAAGAGAUUCUAGGAGCAUAAGCAGAAGCCCAGUUAGAUCUUCUCGGAGAAGCGUAAGCAGAAGCCCAGUUAGAUCUUUGAGGAGAAGUCUCAGCAGAAGCCCAGUUAGAUCUUUGAGGAGAAGCAUCAGCAGAAGCCCUGUCAGAUCUUCUCGGAGAAGCAUCAGCAGAAGCUCUGGUAGGGCUCCUUCAAGGAGAAGCAUUAGCAGAAGCCCAGUUAGGGCACCAAGCAGGAAUAAUCGUCGCAGCUAUUCAAGGAGCCCAAGCAUACGGAGGGCAAGGUCUCCUGAUCGAAGAAGUUUGUCAAGAAGUGUUUCCCCUAAUGGGUCCCCCAAGCGUAUCAGGAGGGGAAGGGGUUUCAGUCAACGAUACGCUUAUGCUCGGAGAUACAGAACCCCCUCUCCAGAGCGUUCUCCUGUGAGAUCCUACCGUUAUAGCGGCCGUGAUAGAUUUACCAGUUACCGAAGGUAUUCUCCUAGGCGUUAUAGGAGUCCUCAAAGAGGAAGAACUCCACCAAGCAGAUACAGAGGGAGGAGAAGCAGGACACGUAGCCCAUCUGUAUCACGCAGCCCCCGCUAUCGUAACCGUCGUUAUAGCCACAGCCCUGUUCGCAGUUGUUCCCCAGUUGACGUGUCCAAGUCACGUGUGUCUCCACGAGUUGAUAGGCGAAGGUUGCCGUCUCGUAGCCGUAGCCCAUCAAAAUCACGAUCCUCUUUGGACUCCCAGUCUCCCAAGCGACCCAGUAAAGACAGAUCAAGGUCAUCAUCUAGAAGCCCUGGUCGGAAGAAGGGCCUGGUGUCUUAUGAUGAUGGUUCUCCCGAUUCCAGCAAAAGUUGAAAUGGUUGAAGAUGUGAUGAUGAAAUCCUUUGUCCGGACAAGCUUGAGCUAUCUAUCCUGCAUUUUGACAAGCCUUGUCUUUAUGAUGAACUAGGGGCUGGCUUCUUUUUGCCCCCCUUUCCAGCUGGACCUGGGUCGUUUGUUUUUUUAAGAGGGGCAGACCAUGUAGUCGCAUAUCAUUCUCGUAGUGUGGUUUAGAUUUAUCUCUGGCAUGUUGCUAGGAUAUACUAGCAAUGAUUUAUAUUAUAUGAGGAACAUAGAAUCAUGCUGCGGCAGGUCGUCAUUACUCUUUUCUUGUGUUAGCUUGCCGAUAUUUAGGAUGAAGGUGAGGAGGUGGGAUAAUUUAUGUGCCUUGGAUUGAAGACUUUGUUUUUGAAAUUUGAAGUUUUGUGUAUUUAAGCUGUGCGAGUUCUUGU